AUGAGUCACUCACUCCCUCGCUAUCAGCAGCUCAAUGCUGUCCACACCUCCACCCCAGAGAAGAACUUUGACACCGCCAAUCCUGGCUAUAUCCGCAAAUACCUUCGCACAUAUGGCCUUACGCCACCCCAUGUUGAUAGCUACGAGGUUCAAAAAACAAGAUGUAAACAAUCCAUCCUUACCGCAAUGUCACGAUUGGGCCCAGUGAGCUCACCAGACGCAGGCACUGACACCAUUGAUCUACACUCCUGUGGUUGGAGAAGCUUGUCUGAAGUGGUCGGAGAUUUACCAACAACCCGAAGUUAUGAGGAUCGCGGGAACAUUGCGGCCAUUCUAAAUAACUGGCCUCAACCCAACGUGGAGAUCACAUGCAUAACCGACGGCUCGAGAAUUCUUGGAUUGGGUGACCUCGGCAUCAAUGGCAUGGGUAUCCCCAUUGGCAAGCUUGCACUCUAUACUGCCUGUGCUGGCAUUCGACCUGAAGCUACGCUUCCGCUCACAUUAGACUUGGGCACAAGCAACAAGGCUCUGAGAGAAGACCCCCUAUAUAUGGGAAGCCGCAGGGACAAGGUCACUCCUGCACAAGAACUUGAAUUCCUAGAUGAGUUGAUGGUUGCUCUAACAGAAAAAUGGCCAGGUAUCGUGGUCCAGUUCGAAGACUUCAAGAACCCUUUCCCCGCCCUUGAGCGGUAUCGUCACAAGUAUACUAGCUUUAACGACGAUAUCCAAGGAACUGGAGCUGUCAUCCUGGCUGGUGUGAUGAAUGCUGUCAAAAAAUCUGGAAUUCCUCCACGGAAUCACAAAGCCGUGUUCUUGGGAGCCGGUAGUGCUGGUGUCGGCGUUGCCAAGCAAAUUGUUGAUUUCUUUGUUCGCGAGGGAAUGAGCGAAGACGACGCCCGGGCCUGCUUCUAUCUUGUCGAUACCAAAGGCCUCGUGACAGCUGACCGUGGCGACAAGUUGGCGCCACACAAGGUAUACUUUGCAAGAACGGAUAAUGCCGGUCAACAGUUCAAAACCCUGGAAGACGUUGUGAACUACGUUAAACCUACUAUGCUCAUGGGAUUGUCUACUCUUGGAGGCGUUUUCACGCCGCAGAUCCUGAAGAAGAUGAGUGAUUGGAAUAGAACUCCCAUCAUUUUCCCUCUGUCGAACCCUUCGGCCAAUUCGGAAUGUAACUUUGAGUCCGCUAUUGUCAACACUGAUGGCCGCUGUCUCUUUGCUUCCGGGUCUCCAUUCCAGCCGUUUUCCUACACAAACCAUGCCGGUGAAACCAAGACCCAUUAUCCCGGCCAAGGUAUUGGACUAGGGACCAUUCUCUCCAAGGCAGUGGAAAUCACCGAUAGCAUGAUCUACGCAUCCGCGCAGGCGCUUUCCACCGCGUUGACAAAGGAAGAAACUGAUCUAGGGCUCCUCUACCCCGACAUUACCAGGAUUAGGGAGGUCAGCGUGACCGUUGCGCGUGGAGUGAUCCGCGCAGCUCAGGAUGCCAAGGUUGAUCGUGAAACCGGGAUCCGCUCUCUCUCUGAUUCUGACCUGGAUGCUUGGAUCAAGACCCGAAUGUACAAUCCUCAUGGCGAGACCCAGUCUUUGGAGAAAGAAGUUGGUCUUCUCCUUUCUUCCAUCGGCCGGUUUACUAUGAGCACGGUCCAACCAGACGAUUCAAAGCUGAAACAUUUGUUAUACUACUUUGCUGUCUCGAGGGACCUCGGCGCCUUGAUCGCUAGAGCCAUCCCACCACCUUGGGCGCCCGAGCACGAGUGGAGCACAAUAGGUCCUACGCCACGUGGCGAAGAAGAGAUCCGGCGAGAGCUCUCCCCUGAAGAAGCGUUGGAGAGCCGGGGCCAGGAUCUCCACAUGUCAGGCUGUCAAGGCGGUUAG